CGCGCGCCUGGCUGGGCCCUGCAGAGCUGGAGGGACGAAGCGGAGGAGCUAGCCCCAGCGGCAUUCGCCCGAGCUCAGCCGCGCGGCCCGCGCGCCAGCCAGCCCGCGCUCCAGUCCGCCGUGUCUAGCAGCGGGGCCCAGCAUGGUCAUGGCGGAUGGCCCGAGGCACUUGCAGCGCGGGCCGGUCCGGGUGGGGUUCUACGACAUCGAGGGCACGCUGGGCAAGGGCAACUUCGCGGUGGUGAAGCUGGGGCGGCACCGGAUCACCAAGACGGAGGUGGCAAUAAAAAUUAUAGAUAAAUCUCAGCUGGAUGCAGUGAACCUUGAGAAAAUCUACCGAGAAGUACAAAUAAUGAAAAUGUUAGACCAUCCUCACAUAAUCAAACUUUAUCAGGUAAUGGAGACCAAAAAUAUGUUGUACCUUGUGACAGAAUAUGCCAAAAAUGGAGAAAUUUUUGACUAUCUUGCUAAUCAUGGCCGUUUAAAUGAGUCUGAGGCCAGGCGCAAAUUCUGGCAGAUCCUGUCUGCUGUUGAUUAUUGUCAUGGUCGGAAGAUUGUGCACCGCGACCUCAAGGCUGAAAAUCUCCUGCUGGAUAACAACAUGAAUAUCAAAAUAGCAGACUUCGGUUUUGGAAAUUUCUUUAAGAGCGGUGAACUGCUGGCAACAUGGUGCGGCAGCCCCCCUUACGCAGCCCCAGAAGUCUUUGAAGGGCAGCAGUACGAAGGACCGCAGCUGGAUAUUUGGAGCAUGGGAGUUGUUCUUUAUGUCCUUGUUUGUGGAGCUCUGCCCUUUGAUGGACCAACUCUUCCUAUUUUGAGGCAAAGGGUUUUGGAAGGAAGAUUCCGGAUUCCAUAUUUCAUGUCAGAAGAUUGUGAGCACCUUAUUCGAAGGAUGCUGGUCUUAGACCCGUCCAAACGGCUAACCAUAGCUCAAAUCAAGGAGCAUAAAUGGAUGCUCAUAGAAGUUCCUGUACAGAGACCUGUUCUCUAUUCACAAGGGCAAGAAAAUGAGCCAUCCAUUGGGGAGUUUAAUGAACAGGUUCUGCGACUGAUGCACAGCCUUGGGAUAGAUCAACAGAAAACCAUUGAGUCUUUGCAGAACAAGAGCUAUAAUCACUUCGCUGCCAUUUAUUACUUGUUGGUGGAGCGCCUGAAAUCACAUAGAAGCAGCUUUCCUGUGGAGCAGAGGCUCGAUGCCCGCCAGCGGAGGCCCAGCACCAUCGCUGAACAAACAGUUGCCAAGGCACAAACUGUGGGUUUCCCAGUGGCCACGCAUUCACCGAAUAUGCGACUGAUGCGAUCUACCCUCCUCCCACAGGCAUCCAAUGUGGAGGCCUUUUCAUUUCCAGCAUCUGGCUGUCAGGCGGAAACAGCAUUUAUGGAAGAAGAGUGUGUUGACACUCCAAAGGUCAAUGGCUGUCUGCUGGACCCUGUGCCUCCUGUCCUGGUGAAGAAGGGGUGCCAGUCGCUGCCCAGCAACAUGAUGGAGACCUCCAUUGAUGAAGGGUUGGAGACGGAAGGAGAGGCUGAGGAAGACCCCAGUCAGGCCUUUGAUGCGUUCCAGUCCACACGCAGUGGGCAGAGGCGGCACACUCUGUCAGAAGUGACCAAUCAGCUGUUCAUGAUGCCUGGUUCAGGAAAAAUUUUCUCCAUGAGUGACAACCCCUCCCUUGACAGUGUGGAUUCUGAGUAUGAUAUGGGGUCUGUCCAGAGGGACCUGAACUUCCUGGAGGACAACCCUUCCCUUAAGGACCUCAUGUUAGCCAACCAGCCUUCACCUCGCAUGACAUCUCCCUUCAUAAGCCUGAGACCUGCCAACCCAGCCAUGCAGGCUCUGAGCUCCCAAAAAAGAGAGGCCCACAACAGGUCGCCAGUAAGCUUCAGAGAGGGCCGCAGGGCUUCGGAUACCUCCCUCACCCAAGGAAUUGUAGCAUUUAGACAACACCUUCAGAAUCUGGCUAGAACCAAAGGAAUCCUGGAGUUGAACAAAGUACAGUUGCUGUAUGAACAAAUAGGAUCAGAGGCAGACCCGAACUUGGCGUCGGCUGCUCCUCAGCUCCAAGACCUGGCCAGCAGUUGCCCUCAGGAGGAAGUAUCUCAGCAGCAGAAAAGUGUUUCCGCUCUCCCCGCCAACGUGCGUCCUCAACUGUCGCCGCGGCAGAGCCUGGAAGCCCAGUACCUGCAGCACAGACUCCAGAAGCCCAGCCUUCUGUCAAAAGCCCAGAAUACCUGUCAGCUUUAUUGUAAAGAACCACCACGGAGCCUUGAACAGCAGCUGCAGGAACACAGACUCCAACAGAAGCGACUCUUCCUCCAGAAACAGUCUCAGCUGCAGGCCUAUUUUAAUCAGAUGCAGAUAGCUGAGAGCUCGUACCCACAGCCGAGUCAGCAGCUACCCCUUGCCCACCAGGAGACGCCAUCGCCAUCACAGCAGCCCCCACCAUUCAGCCUGGCCCAGCCGCUGAGCCCCGUCCUGGAGCCUGCUUCUGAGCAAAUGCAGUACAGCCCCUUCCUCAGCCAGUACCAGGAGAUGCAGCUGCAGCCCCUGCCCUCCUCACAAGGCCCUCAGGCACACCUGCAGCAGCAGCCGCCGCCACCGCCUCCUCCACCGCCUCCUCCACCUCAACAGUCGGGAGCUGCCCCAGCGCCUUUGCAGUUCUCCUAUCAGACUUGUGAGCUGCCAGGCACCAUCUCCCCUGAGCCAGACUAUCCCGCUCCCUGUCAGUACCCUGUGGACGGAGCCCAGCAGAGUGGAGCAGCAGCACCAGACUGUCCCAGGAGCUCAGGACUGCAGGAGGCGCCCUCCAGCUACGACCCCCUAGCCCUCUCUGAGUUCCCCGGACUCUUUGAUUGUGAAAUGCUGGAGGCCGUGGACCCACAGCACAGUGGCUAUGUCCUGGUGAAUUAACCUCAGCACAGAAGUGAGGCAGGUCAAGUGUAGGAAGAAUGUGUGUUUUUAUUUUUAUUCCAGCCUUUUACAUUUAAAGCUUAUUUUCCUGCCCUCUCCCUAGGGGGAAAAAUCAAGUUGCCCAACUGGAAUCAGAGGGCCUGGCCAGGUUAGUGUUGCUUCUUCCUGGCUCUGACCCCCCCCCCGCCCCCCGCCCCCGUAGUUUUCUGUGGCAAGUGCUGCAACAUAGUUGUAGGCUGAAGCUCAUGCCCUUAGGUCAAGUGGAGCAAGCUCUCGCGGAAGACACUGACAAGUGUUUUUGUAAGAAGACAUCCAGACCUAGGUUUUAUCCAGAACGACACCAAUUAUCGAGGAAAACCUUGGUGAAUGCAGGAAAACUGCGUGCCAUUAUAUGUGGGGAAAAAGAGGCAAUAUUUUUCACUGAAGCCAAGGAACAUGUUGCUUAAAGGCAAGUCAAGGAUAUGUAAUGAAAUUUGAUGCACAGGAAGUAAAGUUGUACUUUGUCAUUGAAGCGAAAGUUCUAAGCUGCUGAUGCAAGUUGUCCCCAGGACCAUCACAAAGCAGUGGAGUGUGAGCUUUGUUUCAAGGGCCACUAAACACCCGCUGGUACUAACCCCCAAGACGAGCGGCCCUCUCCACGGGGCAGCAGGCAGCACGCCUCUUUAGAAGGUACCCUGGGUCACAGAAUCGGUGUGCUGGGCUCCAAAGAUGUUGCCUGUAGAACCAACAGGAGACCCACCCCCCACCUACGUAGUGGAGACGGGGCGGGGGGGUGGGGGGGCGGGCGACGAGAAACGAGAAACCAUCACGAGUACCAGCCCUGGGCCAGGGGAAGGCGGGCUUUUCCUACAAAAUCUGAUGUGGAGACUUCCGGUUCGGGGCAGGGGGUCAUUAGAGGGCCUAGCGGCUCUUUUAAAGUGUAAAACCUACUUUGACUUCACACUAUAUGAUGCUAGUAGUUUAUUGAGCUUUGUAUAUUUGGACAGUUUCAUAUAGGGCUUAGAAAUUUUAAGAACAAGAAAAAUGAACUUUUAUCUCCCAUGUGAAGUGGUAGUGCUGUGCCUUUUCCCCCCAGAUCACGCUUUAAUUAUUUCUUUUCUGUAGAAACCAACAGUUUUCCAUUUAUGUCAAUGCUAAAUCCAAAGUCACUUCAGAGUUUGUUUUCCACCAUGUGGGAAUUGCAUUCUUAAUUUCCUUAAAGUUUUGACUUGUAAUUAAAUGUUCAAGUAUUACAGCAAUAUUCAAAAACCACAGAUGUGUUAACCACUUAAGCAAAUCAUCUGCCAAACUCAUUAUAUUACUAGUAAAACUUAAUCAUUAAUUCAUUCAUCAAAGUACGUAAAAAAUAGAUGCUACAGCAAGUUAACUGUGUACCUAGAAGUAAGGAGUAAUCUGUCAUUUGGACAACAACAUACAAAGUGUUACAAAUUCAGUAUUAUUUACAAAGACUAUCAUUUCUGUCCUUAAGAAUGGCUUGUCCUAUCAGCAGAUGAAUGCAUUAAGCACAAGCAUCUUCCUUAAAGCACAAAGCAGAGACAGAUACUACAUUGAUGCUGCAUCUAGGAACACCUUUAAGUUGCCUUUCCUCUUUGUAGUAAGUGUCCAGGCAGGUGAGAAGCGUGGACGGUUUCGGGAGGUCUGCUCUGCCCCCCAGCCCAGGCUCUGCCAGCAUUGGUGCCUUGAGCAGCCCUUCUUGUUCCUGGCUCCACUGGGCGCCGGAACGCUUCGUGGGGGCCCCCUGUGUGGGGCUGGGUACUGGGGGUUAGCCAGAAAGGGUGCUGGGGAGGACUGUGGCUUUUGUGAGUUAAGAACACACAGUGGCAAUCCAAGAAUAAAUUGUGUUCCUUCUAUGGAUUGUUUAUUCCUCCUCAUGCUUAAGACUGAUGAUUUCGUGAAAUAGAUAUUUCAUUUAAGAGAUCCUUCCAUUAAGAUCUCUCCUCUGUUUUAAGUCUUUGCAAAAUAUGCCAGUUCUAAAAUGGCUUGAUUUGUUUAGACUGAAGGGUGUUUUUCCAAAAUAUACUAUCUGAAGUGCUAUAAUAUUUAUGAAACUUAAAUGCCUUCCAUAUUGAAAAUGGGGGCUGCUCAUUUCAUAGUCACAGGAAUGGCACAAUUACUGAUGGGCAUUAACACCUGCCCCCAACAAGGCUGCAUGCCUUUUAGCCCAGGAAGCCUCAGACCUAUGGCAAGACGAUGAGGCCGGCGGAGGGGCAGCAGAGAGGCUGCUGGGAGUCAAAAGGACCUGGAGGUAGACAUGGGUUAGGGACAGACUAGAGGCACAGACGCUCACCUGGGGAAUAGCGUGACCUGUCUGGCUGAACCUAUGUCCUAAGUUCCUAUUUGCCUUUCUCAUUUCAAGCAGAAAUCAAUAAAUUCCAUAACCAUGUGUAUUUACUGAAAUGUGAGCUGGUGAGAGGAGACUGAUUCUGUUGGUCAGGUGCUGUUUUCCCAGCCCUGUCUGGUCAUCUGCGUUGCUCUGUCCCCUAAUUAGUGACCUGUAUAAGCUUCCAAGCAGUUUUCACAAACACUAAAGUAACACUAAGAAGGCUUAAUACCACUCUUUUUAUGAGGCUACUUUGAAAUGACUUUCCAGUCUGUUUCACAUUAGCAGUGUGUACACUACUGUAUAAUAAUCAUUAGCUUUAUUAUCUUGUAAACCAGGAUCCUCUGAAGAGACUUCAGUGAAAUGAACAUGAGGUAAAAAUUUCAUCAUUCAGCAAAAAGUGCAAUAUGCGUGGUACUUUAUUUUUUGUUUGUGCCCUUUUUUUAAUCCAGGAGUUAGUCUCUGCUUCGGGAAAAAUGCACUAGUUCUUCAAUUUCCAGUUGGGCAAGUGUGUCUCUAGGAUUUACAUGCAACUGAUAUGCCGGUCCCUGUAAGGCAAAAGUAGAAAGGGGGUGGAUGCCCCUUUUUCAAACUCCUGGUGAGCGAGACUGACCAUCCCUAGCUGCCCCCCGGCUGCCACCUCUGCCCUCUUGCUCCCUUGGGAGCAGAGGAAGUGGCAAAAGGUCCACCAGCCCCCCUAAAACACCACUUCAUGAGAAGCACCUGGGGCCCACAAAGGAGGACCAGAAAACGGGACUGGCUCUGAUGUGAACAAAACCCCUUCCUUUCUGUAUCAGACCACCUCCAUGGAAAGAGAAAGGGUCCUUUUCUACAUCAGAAAUAAAGAGCUCCUAAGUGUUUAAACUGCGGGCCGAGUUGGUUAGGUGGGACUGGCAGGAGCCUGGGGUUGGGACUGAAGUCAGCUCUUAACCUCAGAGUUCCCCAGGGUCUCGGGGGGCUUGUGGGAGCAUCACCGUCCAGCUGACUGAAGGCCUCUGCAGAAAGGACUCACCGUGACACCAGGCUCUCCCACUCUGUGGUUGGUACCCUAAGGGGGGCACUCUUAGGGAAAAGAAUUCUGCCUAAUUGCCAGGGUUGGGAAGAAGGGCGUCUCCUCAGGUGGAGUGACUGGAGAGCCAACCGGAAAGUAAAGAUGGGAAAAGCAGCAGCCCCUCGCUGUAGUUGGUCAGGAGUCUAGUGCAUGGCAACUAGAGCAGCCCGAUCAGGUGCAGGCAGCUCAGACGUGAACAUGAUGAAAUGAAUGCCUUCCUCUGCGGGGUCCUCCGAACCCUAAUCAAGCCCCUAAGCAAGUCCUUAAACAUUGGAUUCUGUGUUGGGAAUCAGAAUUCUCAGCUCUGGAUUACACUGAAAAACCUACCGACAUUUGUACUUCACGAGCUCCCUAUUGCUCUUAAGAAAAUUCACACUCCAGAAAACUUUCUCAUAUUCCUCCUCUAGAGACCAUACACAGUGCCAUUUAACCACACUGGCCCCGGGGCCCAGUUGGUAGCCCCGAGUGGGGCUGGCCUCCACUGUGUAUGCGCCCUACGCCGCACCGCCUCUGCGGCCGCCUCGGAAGCCCCCUGAGCUGCUCGGUGUCUUUGUGCCUGGACAUCAAAGGUAAAACCUGGAGAACAAGUAGUAAGUUGGAGUCAUCGUAUAGGCAGGGAUAUUUGAUCGUUUCCUUCUGGAAAUUUUGAAGGAGCUUAUCUUCAGAGUGAUGUAAGGGAGACAAGAGUAAUAUCAUCUGCCUCUGUUUCUAAAUUGGAUCUCCCCCUAAAUUUCUUUUUAAUUUAUGUAUCCCUUCUGACAGGUUCAGGCAUAUGGUCCUCCCCGGCCCGUGGCCCUGGUUUCAGAGCCCUUCGUCUCAGCCUGCAGUUCCUGGGGGGCAGCAGGAUGGACCAGGGCGGACCUUCUACCGCUCCUGUUGGCCCCAGAGUCCCUGGUCUAACAGUGCCCCUCGCGUACUUGUUUUAUCAUUUUUUUCCCCAUUAAAGUAGCCUGGCUGAUUGCAGGAUUUAUAGCCACCCUAGUUGUAGCACCAUCUUAAGUCCACAUCUCGUGUGGGCAGAUUUCAACACAUUUCACAGAACUGGGCACACACAAUCCCACAGAUUGAGAAAUAGGCAGCAACACUGCCUGUGGACUUAGCUAGUGAUAUCUCUGAGGGUUCCUGCCCAAAUGCUCAGCUUGCCUGUCCCAAAGGAGCAACUGCUUAUAUUUGUACAUUAAUUUACCAAGCACUUUCACAAUCUCUUCUAAUCCUCACAGUUCUCCGAAAUUAUUGGGGCAGAUACAGUCCACAUUUUUCAUAGCUGAGGAAACCAUGACUCUUGGAAGUUUGUGUGACUUGUCCGAGGGCACAGAGCUGGUGCGGGGAGGAACCAGGACAAGCUCUGGCUUCUCGCUGUAUGGCUUCUUGCUGUAUGUCCUUUCCCGUCAUCAGUAGCAGAUCUCUUAAUGAGCAAACAGCUGUAUAUACAAUGCCCCAUCUUGGUUAAGCACUAGGUGAAUGUGGCACCGUCCCCUCAACCUUAUCCUUGACAGCUGCCUCCAGGUGACAAAGGCAGCUGUCCAGGUGGCUCCCCCAUGAACAAGGCGGAGGGAGAGAGAGCCCCGCAGACCACCAUCCAUCCAGUGUCCAGUCAAUUACAGAAGUUUAGGUUCACAUUAUAAAGUGUCUAGUUUUUCCAAGUUAUACAAUAUAGCAAUUUCCUACAGAAAUAGAUGCUAGAGAGACACCCUCUUCCUCCACCUCCAAGGGGUGAGAUUCUCAGCUCACCACUGCAGGCAGACAGACUCAACCACAAGAAAGAGGGCGCUCCUCGGAGGAGAGUCCAAGCUCAGCCUGGUCCUCAGGAGGGGUGUAAUGUUUUGCAUUUAAGGCCCAUCAGGUAAAAGUACAGAGUAGACAUGUUUAUGGUUAAAAAAGAAACAAAACUUUGAUACUCUGUCUUUUCAGAGGCAGAGUGGGUAGGUAGAGGGAGCUUUAAAAAUGGGAUUACAACAUCCUGGAAAAGUGAUGACCCCAGAUUGUAUCAUCGUUACAAGUAUAGAAAACUUGGCACUGGCUAGGUGAUGCCCAUCCAUUCAAAUAUGCUCAGUCAAGGAAAUUCAAGUGGUGAUACCGUCCCACUACUGAUAGUAAAAGAAAUCUGCAUCCACCGAAAUCUCUGAAGGGAAAAAAAGCAGACAGAAAAGGUUUGCUUCCCUCUUCGGACUGCAAUUUAAGAAAUAAAAGUGAUACAGAGAUAUUUGCACUUUGUAGAAAGGGCAAGAUGAUUUGCUUAUUUCUGAAGGGAGAAUGGUGGUUUCUACUGGAUGUUUGGUCUGAAAAAGAGUUACUUUUCAAGAAGUUAAUCUAAUUGUAGUUAUUUUUUCUGUGUGCUUUUUUUUUUAAUAACUAAGGAAUAAAUGGUGAGUUCAAUAGCUUUGGUAUUUUAAGUGCAAAUCAUAAUAGUUCCAAUGUGAAAAAAUCAAAAUGUAAUCUGUCACUCAAUGUUAGAAAAUAGCCUAAAAUGCAGUUUAAUAAAUGAUCUUUGUAUCAAA